AUGUCCCCAGAGAAGCCCUUGGAUGCCAGGUGGUACGAUAAAAGACGGAAAUCUGUGCUACUUUCAAAUGCCGAUCUCGAGAUGUUGUUCCACCCUGCUCUCAUAGGGAUCGCUAAGGCGCUUCAACGCCAGAUCGAACAAGCGAAUCACACUACCCGGGCAAUCGUUAUCAACAAAAUUAUCCUUGUUGGGGGCUUUUCCCUUUCACCUUAUCUCUACAGGAAUUUGCAGCAGUUGUUCGGAAGCAGCUACAUCAUCCACAGGCCAGAUAAAGCAAUGACAGCCAUGGCCCUAGGAGCGGUCUUAUGCGCUUACCGGCCUCGGACUAGACUGGCUCGAUGCCAUUACGGAUUUCAAGGGCCAGAUUUGACAGAUGAAUCAUCGAAAAACAAACCGGCUCUUGUUGCCGUGCUAUCAGGUCUUACCUCUCAGGCUAACCAGCUAUGUUGGGUAAUCAAGAAGGUAAUACCUCCCUGGACAGGGACGCUGGAUGGAGCAUCGACUUGA